AUGUCCAUUGACCAUGGACCUUAUACUUCACAGUUUUGUCUAAAAUUGUGCCUUCAAACGUACACAUUGACCAAAUGCGAUUGCUGGACAGUUUCCGCUCCACCGCCCAACAAUUCAACUCGCAAACAAUGUAACUUACGACGGAAUCCAGGUCAAGCUCAAUGUGUUGAGCGAGUUCGAGAAAAUUAUUACGCUGGCGAAUUGAUCUGCAACUGUCCACCUCGAUGCAAUGAAAAAGUUUACGAAAAGUUCAUUUCCACUGGAAUCGAAGCUGCUCAAUGUUCAGCUUUAUCAUCGGGUGUCGAAGAUUCAUCGGUAGAUCACAAGGAAAACAUCGCCAAGGUGAUCAUUUAUUACCAAACAUUGAGCUUCACUGAAAUAACUCAAGACGUUAAAUACACGGUAAGUCUCAAUUUCGAAGUUAAUUAACUUAAUUAACUUUAAUUUCUUUCAAGUGGUCAAGUAUCAUUGGUGCGAUCGGUGGUAUUCUUGGCGUUUACCUGGGAUUU